AUAAUAAUAAACACAUCGAUAAACCCGUCGGUAAUUAUGACCGAAACGCUCAUCUCUGGCUCCUCCGCCGCAUCCGCCGCCGCCUCGGCCGGUGGCGAUCACGAGUUUACCCGAGCCUUACGACUGUUGCACAGUCGGGCCAAAGAUUCGGCCGACUUAUUAAAGGCAAUGCUGGACGACGUACUCAAAAGUCGGGCCAAUACGGCUACAGCCGGCGGUAGUGCGGCCGCCGCCAGCAAACACGUGAGAGAAACAAAGUCAAAACAGUCGCUGCAGCCGAUGAAAGGCAUCGAAACAGCGGUCAUAAAAUCGUCGGCCGAUUACAAGAGAGAUCACUUGUUUGACGGCAACAGCCGAAGACAUGAUAUCCAGAGAGCAGAAAAAAGUUUUGAAUAUCCAUUGGAGAAGAAACGAAUGCGUUUGGAUUCACCGCAACGCCAGACCAGCUCCCGAUCGACGACGUCAUCGCCUCAGCCGAGCGGCGCCGGCAUUCAUCCGCAGCCAAAAGUAUUACUACCGACCAGUAGUAGUAGUAGUAGUAGUAUUGGUAGUAGCAGUUGUUUAACCACUACUGAUGAGGAUAUGAGAUCCAGUGUCAUAACCAGUACAUCGACCUCGUCGUCAUCGGCAUCGUCCAGCUCUCUGUCGGCUGCAGUGCCGAUCAAAGUGGAGGACGACUCAGAGGCUACCGAUAUCGAGGACGAGAAUCAAGACGCCGGCGAGUUUGCUAUGGAAAUGGGUUUGGCGUGCGUUACGUGCAAACAGAUCGAUAUCGCACCGAACAACCAGUUAGUCGAAUGCCAGGAAUGUCAUAAUCUCUAUCAUCAGGAAUGCCAUAAACCGCCGCUAAUGGACAGAGACAUAUCGGAUCCCAGAUUUGUCUGGUAUUGCGCCAAAUGCCAGAAGUCGAUGAUGAAAAAGUCGGCGGCGGCCGCGUCAUCGGCAAAGCCGACCAAAACAAUGGGCGGCAAAACAUCCACGUCGUCGACCACAUCAAUCACCAGUUCUUUGUUGUCGUCAUCGCCGGUGAUCUCACAAUCCAGAGAACAUCACUUGACAUCGUCUUCGUUGUUGUCGUCCUCGUCGACAACAGUCAGCGGACUUAAGACACCCGUCAAGGUUGAGACCAAUGCCGAUACUUAUGUGUCGUCGUCGACAGCGGCCACCAGAUUAAUACAGCCGUUUAAACGCGAACCUAAAACACAGUUGUCUACUGGCGGCGGCUCGGGUAACGGUGGCAACGGUAGUAGCAAACCUAUUGGAUUGGCCGCUUUGGCCAACAUUAGCCGUGCGGUUACCGGUGGUUCGGCGACAUUCAAGACGAACAAAAACAACGGCGGCAACAAUGGCUCGUCGGCUGUGUCCUCGUCGACGGCUACCGGCGGCUCAUCGCUGAUGUCAAGCGGUCUCGAGAAGCGAUUACAGAGUCUCAAGAAAAACAAAUCGAAGAAGUGAUAGAAAAAAAUAACAAUUAUUUUAAAUCAAAUAUUUUUGUUAUGAUUUUUUUUUUAUAACAAUUAUUUAUCACUAUA